AUGUACCUGAUCACUGUGUUGGGAAACCUGCUCAUCAUCCUGGCCGUGAGCUCAGACUCCCACCUUAACACACCCAUGUACUUCUUCCUCUCCAACCUGUCCUUGGUAGACAUCUGUUUCACCUCCACCACCGUCCCAAAGAUGCUGGUGAACAUCCAGACACAGAGAAAAGCCAUCACCUAUGCAGGAUGCAUCACCCAGAUGUAUUUUUACAUACUUUUUGCUGGGUUGGAUAUUUUCCUCUUGACUGUGAUGGCCUAUGACCGGUUUGUGGCCAUCUGCCACCCCCUGCACUACACAGUCAUCAUGAACCCCCGGCUCUGUGGACUGCUGGUUCUGAUAUGCUGGAUCAUGAUUGUCUUCUUAUUUUAUUGUACAAGUCUAGGAGUGUACUUCAGCUCUGCUGCUACCCACAAUACACACUCAAGUGCAACAGCUGCAGUGAUAUACUCUGUGGUCACACCCAUGCUGAACCCCUUCAUCUAUAGUCUCAGGAACAAGGACAUUAAACAGGCUCUGAAAGCAUUCUUUUUGAAGGAAACUACCAACAGGUCAUUGUCCUAA